GGGGGCUCUGCCGCAUGGAUCUGCCGAGGGCCGGCGGGGAACAACACAUGGGUUGGGGCGCUGCGGCGGGCCCGCGGUGGCUGUCCGUCCGUCCGUCCGUCCGUCCGUCCCGCUCAUGGACGCGCUCAUCCUGCAGGAGCUGCUGGCGGAGCGGCUGCUGUCGCCGCGGCCGCAGGCACCGCGGAGCCACCCGGGCCGGCUGAAGGACCAUGAGAAGCAGUACGUGGGCUUUGCCACUCUGCCCAACCAGGUCCACCGGAAAUCCGUGAAGAAGGGCUUCGACUUCACCCUGAUGGUUGCAGGAGAGUCGGGUCUGGGCAAAUCCACGCUGGUGAAUAGCCUGUUCCUGACAGACCUCUACAAAGACAGGAAGCUCCUCAAUGCAGAGGAGAGAAUCAAUCAAACAGUGGAAAUCGUCAAGCACACGGUGGACAUUGAGGAGAAGGGUGUAAAGCUGAAGCUGACCAUAGUGGACACGCCAGGCUUUGGAGAUGCUGUUAACAACACUGAGUGCUGGAAGCCCAUCACUGACUACAUUGACCAGCAGUUUGAGCAGUAUUUCCGUGACGAGAGUGGCCUGAACAGGAAGAACAUUCAGGACAACCGAGUGCAUUGCUGCCUCUACUUCAUCUCUCCCUUCGGGCACGGGCUGAGGCCUGUGGAUGUUGAGUUCAUGAAGGCUCUGCAUGAGAAGGUGAACAUUGUGCCCCUGAUUGCCAAAGCCGACUGCCUGAUCCCCUCCGAGAUCCGGAAGCUAAAGGAGAGGAUCCGGGAGGAGAUUGACAAAUUUGGCAUUAAAGUGUACCAGUUUCCUGAGUGUGACUCCGAUGAAGAUGAAGAGUUCAAGCAGCAAGACAGAGAGCUGAAGGAGAGCGCUCCCUUCGCCGUCAUCGGCAGCAACACCGUGGUGGAGGCCAAGGGCCAGCGAGUCCGGGGGCGGCUCUACCCCUGGGGCAUUGUGGAAGUGGAGAACCAGGCCCACUGUGACUUUGUGAAGCUGCGGAACAUGCUGAUCCGGACACACAUGCACGACCUGAAGGACGUCACCUGCGACGUCCACUACGAGAACUAUCGGGCUCAGUGCAUCCAGCAGAUGACCAGCAAGCUGACCCAGGACAACAGGAUAGAGAGCCCCAUUCCCAUCCUGCCUCUGCCAACACCAGACACCGAGACAGAGAAGCUGAUCAAGAUGAAGGAUGAGGAGUUACGGCGGAUGCAAGAGAUGCUGCAGAAGAUGCAGCAGCAGAUGCAGGAUCAGUGAGAGGCAGGUACCCGGAGGGCAGAGGGAAUCCCCCAGUGACCACCUGAGACCUGGCAAGAGCUGUGAACGUUUAGAAAAGGUUUCCUGUUGUAUAGAGACUCGUGGGCAAGAGCUGCACCCGCACCCUCUAAUUUAUUAGCAGCAAUGUUGGCUUUCCGGCCAGCUGGAUUGUGGAGGAGGCUGUUCACUUAACAGUUUACUGAAGUGUAUUUCUUUCUUUUUUAAUAUUCUUUUGUUUCUUUUUUUUCUUUCUUUUUUUUUUUUUUUAAAAGAAACUAGCCUGGUAAGUGUCUAAGGCAUCCUAAAAAAAGAAAAGAAGAAGAUCCUCCUUUCCCAUGUACUAAUCUGUUGUUUAGGAAUGCUCUGGUAUUUAAAGUCCUGGUUUCUCUGGUGUACAAACUUAAAGACUCUCUGUGUCAAUGCACGUAAAUGUUUACUCCCAAGUGAGGUGCUGUGCCCCUGUCCCUGUUGCCCUUGUCUGGGGCCAGCACUGUAAGGCAGCCAGACCCUCCUGUGAGUGUGACCUGCUCAGGCUGCUCAGCCUGGGGGCAGCUCUGGCCCAGAGAGCUGGGCUGGGGGUUCCUCUGUGCACUGACCUGCUCGGGAGUACUGAUGGUUCCCUGGUUUCCUGUCUAGGUUUUUUGUUUAGUUGCUUGGUUUUGUUCUUCCUAUCAAGAAGCUCCAGGAUAUUUGCACUGAGCAGCAAGGGACUGAGUCUCUCAAGGCUGGUUAGAAGAAAACGCUUCUCUGACUCUCAGUUAUAUCUUUCUUGCAGAGAGGAUGAGUUGUUUAUUCCCUUGAUGGGAGUGAGCACCUUCACUGCCAUGGUUUCCUUCCUUGGCAGGCUGGAGGUGUUGGUAGGUGAACCCCAGGGCCCUGCAGUAGCUGGGUGAGGGUGUCUCUUGGUUUAGCUCUGGUCAUCCAGCUGCAGUGUGUCUUCAGUGUCUGCUCUGAAAAGCACCGUGGCAGCCAGAGUGCUGGGCCAGGACUGCUCUGGAGUAGAAACUCUAGGGCUGAAACCCAACCCCAAAUGCAGAGCUGUGUCCUGUCCCCAGGCUUUGCAGUCUGGUGAGCACACUGCUGGCUCUGAGCUUCUCCUGGGGGAAGGGGCACUUUUUGUAGGCUUGUACCUGAGAUCUGCAGGCUGCCUGUCCAGGCAGGUGUUCCAUCAGUGUGGCAGGAGCAGGAGUGUCACUGCCUGGGGCUCAGCACAGCCCACCAGACUUGGCACUUGCUCCCCUGCCCUUCCCCUGGGACUCAGCCCUUCUCCCCCUCCCUCGUCCAAGGCUCUUCCUGUCUUAAUGCUGGGAAGGCUGGUGGAUCUGCUGGGCAGAGAUAAGAGCACUCUUUGAGCAGCAGCUCCUGUCUUGUUCUUGCUUCCUGCAGUAUUUUUAACUCUAGUCCAGCCAGAGCAGAGCCCUGGAGUGUGAUGUGCCUGACAGGGCAGGGCUCAGCAGCAACACUGCCAUGCUCACAGGAAUCAGGGCUGCUGGAGGAGAGACACUUGGCUCUUCUCUCUGGCUCCAGGGAGUGCUCCCAUGGGCUGGACCCUUCUGCUCCUUGGCUGAUUCCUCUCUCCCCUUUCCCCUUUUGUAUCUGCUCCUCCAUCUCUGGAUCUCCCCAGUAGAUCUCCCUGGGUAGGAAGCGCAGCGUUGGCCAGGAAUAGCCAGGCCCUAAAUUCUGUUCUUAGGCACUGCAUUUGAUUCCUCCAUGGGGCUUUAGAGUCCUGGGCAGGGCUUGUCGGGGUGGUGAGUAGGUUGGCUGGUUCCAGUUAUUCACUGUACAGAGCCUCUGCUUAGCCAUGGGCUGUAGGGGCAGGGGACAGACCCUGGCACCCUGGGGAAGGACAGAGUGAGGGUGGAAGCCCUUUGGCAGAACUGUGCCAGCUGGGCAAGAGCAGUGUCCAGCAAUGUUGGUUGUUUUCAUUCUCCCCUAUUUUGGGCUCAAAAGUGGCAGUGCCAGCCUAGGAGAGCAGAAGGAUUCAGCUUGGCUUCAAUAACAUGCAGGACCAAGGUGCCUAAGGAGGA